CUGUGCGACGACAGUGCUUCCCUUACUAACAUCAACUUAAACUGUCAGCGAUUCGCCUUUUCGAGGCUUCUGGUUCGGUAUCAUCCUUACUUUAUCCUCCAAGGCUUGUAUGCUCUUAGUGAGUAUAUCUGCCGCUUCCAGUUGCUGACGGUUAGACUUGAGUUCACGAUCUGCAGCUGCCAUAUACUCCUUUAUUUCCUUCAUAGUAGUUUCCAAGCGGCGGACAUCUUUUUCAAUGUUGGCCAUAACCUCUUUGAUUUGUUUAAUGACUUGAGAUCGUAA